AUGUCCUGCCCUGCUCGGAUCCCCUGCGCUAACGACGGGCCCCGAGACCCCUCCCCCUGCCCCGGCCCCCACCCGGACGCCCGCGCCCGCGGCUGCUUGCGCGGGGACGGAAAAGCGCGGCGGGCCGACCCGACCCGCCGAAAGGGCCUGAGGCGGGGGGCGCCCGGGUCCCAGAGCCCUGGGGAAGGACCCCCAGCCGCACGCAGGCUCCAAGUGCAAAGCAUUGACACGGCCCCGAGAGGAGAGGGGGCGCCCUCCUUCUCCCUCGCCUGGCGGCCCAGCCGCUCUGGCCCGCGCCCCAGCUUGGCCUACGACCCCGCUCUCGGCCGCAGCGCAGCCCGGGGCCCCUGCACUCCUGCUGGGACUGGAAAGAGGCCGGUGGGCGGGCGAGUCGGGAGGCGCGGGCGGCCGAGGUCCUGGAGCCGAACCCAGGUGGCGGGAGCCGCACGGCCUGUGAUUCCUUACCGCAACUGCCGGCCCCAGACAGGAGGGACUGGCUUGAGCCACCCCAGCUCCAGAAGGCCAUCUACUCAGCCUGCAGAGCCCACCGUGAUUCAGGUCCGGCUUCUCCCAAUAGGCCCAACUGACCAGGUGGCGGGAACUGAGGAUGAAAUCUCUUCUCAGAUGUCAUGGGGUGCACGCGAAGGGGGCAGAGGCCUCUGGAGCUACGCCGGCUCCAGCUGGACGGUCACACGGGAACCCCUGCUUGUGAAUUCAACUCUUCCAAGGCUGUUACAUUAA